AUGGAGGCUAUUGAUGAGAAAGAGGUUUCAGGCGGGAGCAUCCAGGAGCUCCUAAGAGCGCUCGAUGAGCACCCGAACCGCAAUGCCUUGUUUGCGGAGAUCGGCGAGCUUCUCGUCAGGAGGCUCGCCGAGGCGGAGGCCGACCGUGGUCGGGAGCGAGCUGAGGAGCCGGAGGAACCGGAAGAGAUGGUCGAGCCGGAGGCUGAGGAGCCGGAGGAACCGGAAGAGCUGGUCGAGCCGGAGGCUGAGGAGCCGGAGGACCACGCUCGAGAGUGCGGCCAUGGGUGCGGCAGCCGCGAGGAGGUGGGAUGGCGAAGGCAGGUGGCAGCGCGGUGGACGGCGGCGGAGGAGGAUCGUCGCGGGCGCGAAGGGUUGGAAGCACCGAGGUGCUUGUUCUGCUUCUCGGCAGCCCACCCUUCGUUGGCGUGCGAUCGCGUGCCCUUCAGCUGCGAGAGAUUGAGAGCAGCGGAAGCCGUCGGCCGCUGCUACCGCUGUGGAAGACUCAUGACACCAAUCAAUGACACGCCUAAAAGGCGUACGAGAAGCGCGGGAGGCAGCGGGCCGUUGCGCAAGCGUGCUUCCACGGGAAGUUCGAGUGACAAGGUCGAGGGGCAAGUGGCAGCCGACGAUAGCAGCGUGGCGAAGCCGAGUAGUGCAGGGGGCCAGCUUGGGCCGACCAUUCCCAAGAAGUCUAAGAGCGGAGAGUUUGUUACUAAAGCUCUACUCGAGAUUACUGGAGAAAUGUGGGAGGAGAGGGUCGACAAGCGAUGCCAGGAGCGCGCCAAGAGGCAUACGGAGAAUUGGCGCUUGGGCGAGGAGACCACCCGAAUGGUGGUCACUUCUGCUCAGCGGGCGUUGGAGAGACGGAUCGAGGAGCUUGCGGAUUCUAUCUCUCGCUUACCUCUUGGCGCGCUCCUGGCAUCGCUUGUCCACCCUCUCCUCCCACAUUUCUCCAGUAGUCUCGAGUAG